AUGACCACCGAAAGUGAUGCCGUGGCCGGUGCCACCAUCGAGCUCCUUGAAGCCCGCCUUCGUCGCCUCACCUACCUCCUCACGGGCGCCACCGACUGGGCCGGCGUCCCAACCACCCCCGAGAAACCCACGACCCUCGACGAGACCGUCACCCGCCGACUCGCCCGUCUAGAAUCCGAACUUGAAAAACUCAGUCGAGCCGUCCCCGCAGCACGGGAUAUUCUCCAACUUCACGACCGCAAUCCCGACCUCUUCCAAACUACUCCCCCGCAAGAAAUUCCUCCUGGCCUCACACCCCAAACCCUCGCCUCUAUAGUCCUCUCUUACGCCACCGCAUUCCCCGAAACUGCCUCCCGCCUCACUUCUCUCAAUGACCUGCCCGUUCCGGACGCGCAGAGCUCCGCCGCGCUGAUCGAUCUCCAGCCACAGCUUGAUCGUCUUGCACAGAUGCAGAAGAUGCAAGCUGCCGAGAUCUCUGAGCUGCGUGUGCGUACAGCGAGUGUUCUUCAGCGGUGGUAUGAGGUUGGAUUAGUGGGGAGUGGGGAGGUUUGGGCAGAAUGGGAGGGGAGACUUGAGGAUGUAGAGAGGGAAACACGAAGGAAAGAGGUUAUUUUACAUCAGAGGGAGGAUGUUUGA